CUAGAACAUUCCACUAUUCAGUCUUGCUGCUUGUGGCUCUUGAUGUCGGUUGCAUGUUUGCCGACAUCGUGAUCAACCUUGAGACAUGUGACCGCAAAACCCCCAAGGCAGACACUGCUCUUGAGGCACUCAAACAUGUCAGCCUGGUUUUCUCCGCGCUCUUUAUGCUCGAGUUGCUUUCUUCAAUAUGGGCAUUUAGGACAGCGUGAGUCGACCAGCCACUGAUUCCGCUUCCGCCCAUGCUGACCAGCAUAUGCGCAGGUAUUUCAAGUCCAAAUUUCACGUAUUUGACGCCGCGAUUAUCGUGGUAUCUUUCGUCUUUGAAAUCAGUUUGCAAGGGGUGGAGGAGGAAGUGGCAUCACUCAUCGUCAUUCUGCGUUUGCUGCGCGUCGUGAAGAUCGUCGACGAGAUUAGCGUCGGCGCAGAGGCCCAGAUGUCUGAUCUAGAGCAACGGCUCGAGCUUCUUGAAAAGGAGAACUGCAACCUAAGGGAAGAGCUUCGUCGUAGAAGGCCUGCAGCCUGAGGCUUUGCCUCGCGACGAAAGAUAGGGUCAGGGCGUCGAAUCACGAGUCGCAUGGACCUAAAUCCUGGCCCGACUGGUCAGC